CGGCCCUCCCUGUACUUAGGACAGCUCUGUCUGUCCGGGGGCCGAGCGGCGGGCAGCGGCAGGCAAUGCAAUGAAGAAGAGAUGCUCGGCGUUGGCCUUGGCGUGCGGCUGCUAGGAGCUGCUGCCCCUGCGCCCCCAGUUCCAGCGCCACCAGGCAAGGCCCCCCUUCCGCUCUCCUCCUCCUCCCUCCGCCGCCGCUCCUCCAGCUGGUGGUUCUCCAACGGCAACGCUCGUGAAAGGGACAGCGCCACCGCGAGCACGAGCAGCAGGGCGGCGAGAAGGAAGUGGUGGUCCGACCCCGAGCUCAACCAACAAGAGUACGGCUACUCUUAUCAGGAGGAGGAGGAGGAGGAGGAGGACGGUUUCGGGGACGAUGAUGAGGCGGCGUUCCCCGGCUUCGGCGGUGGCGCGGAGCUGUUCGACGAGCCAUGGUUCUCCAAGGUCUUUAAAACAUAUGGGUUCCUGCUACCGGUGAUGCUGGUGUCAAUGCUUGUUGCCACGGGGCCCAAGGCCUUCCUUAUGGCCAUGGCGAUCCCGCUUGGCCAGUCAGCCAUAUCAUUUCUCCUCGACGCCAUAUGGGGAAGGAGAAGAAGCAACCGCGAUGACAGGUGGAGGGGGCCCUUCCAAGAAGUAGAUGACGAGGAAGAAGAAGAUUACCCAGAGGAUGCCACCGACUUUGCAACAGGUGGUCGAGGCAACAGAUACAGCAGAAGCAGCAGCUAUUAUGAGGGGAGAGGGAAGAGGAGGCGGCAGGACAACUCCCAGUCAUGGGUUUCUAACGAUUUUGCUGAUGCUGAUAGCAGCACCAAGGGCAGCAGCAGUGAAGAUGGCAAAGGCAACAAAAGCAGUGGCAACUUUGGAGGAUGGGAUGAACUACUGAAUGACGAUAACUUUGCUACCCAGGAGAAGAGGAGGAGGAGCUCAUUCUCAGAUGGCAACACUGAUUACAUCAAGAGACCGCGAUCUGCAGUGACUGAGGACACAGAUGCUGCUGCUGCCAGCAGGGGAGCAGGACAGGGACUAGGAGCUCCCCCAGCAAGGAUGAGAAUGAGACGACAACGAGGAAUGCCAAGAACGAUGGGACUGGGCAGUACCAGGUACAAGCAGGCGCCAAUCUUGAUGCGCUUGUUGGUGGCAGUCUUCCCGUUCCUGGGGUCAUGGUUCAGGCUGCUCUAAAUAGUAACAUAGCAUUGCGGCAGUUCUGUAUGUAUCUUGUUUUAUAGUUUGUGGUGGCUAACUCAUUCAUGAAUUCAGAGAAAGAAUAGUACAGGUGACCCUGUGGCAGAAAAGGAAGCAUUAUGAUCGUGAAAUUUCCUUCAUCUCAUGUACAAGCAGUUGCAGAAUUUGGGUCAGAAGGAACACAUGAUUCAGCCGCAGGCAGCAGCCAAAUGAAACCAAGGAACAGAAAGAAGCAGCAGCGUGGAGAAGAUCAAUCAAUUCAGGUGGUGUUCCUGCAGCAUCAAAAAUUGCAGCAUCAGGGGGAUCUACGGCUGCAUUCUUCAUUGAAAAAAUUGCAGCAUCAGGGGGAUCUACGGCUGCAUUCUUCAUGAACCUUUUUUUUUGGCAGGAUCAGGUUUGCUGCUGCUUAUGCAUGUGCGAAGCUUUGCUUCCUUGUGCAGCUGAUAAAAAUAUAUGUGGUUGCAGUGAAUAUGAACUGGUAGGAGCAAAGCGAGCAAUCUAUGUGUUGAUGUAAAGCUGUUACUCUUGCGCAAUGCUCUGUGUAGUUAGUGAUUGGCUGAUGAAUGGAAAAAGUGUGAGCGUAUUCAUUCUGAAAGACAGAAAAUUGGAGGGAGGGGGAUGAAAAUGAAACAUUUUCCCCUCUCAUGGUUCCUGUGGAUGCAUUCCUUGAUGUGUAUGUAUCCUACACGUUGGCAGAUGAGAAUGAGAUCACUGCUAUUGUUGACUGCAA